AUGUCAAAUGUUUCCAUUGAAUUUUAUGAAGUUCCUGAUGGUACCUUUGGCAGUCCAUCAACAACAAGUGGAAACUGGACAGGAACUAUUGGUGAAUUAAUGACUGGUCGUGCAGAUGUCAUGGUCGGCCCUUUGACAAUUACUCAACUAAGACAUCAAGUCAUUGAUUUCACAACUAGUUUCUUUGAUGUUGGUCUUUCCAUUUUAACAACUAAACAAGGAGAAGAAUCCAACCUAUUCUCCUUCUUGUUACCAUUCUCAUGGGAGGUUUGGAUUUUGAUAUUUGCCAGUGCCUUGAUUGUUGCCUUAUUGACUUGGUUUUUUGAUCAUGUUUCUCCAUAUGGACAUUCGAAACAAGAUGAUGAUUCAAAGAAUGAAUUGGAUUUUAGUGGUUCUUUAAUCAAUGCUUGUAUGACCAUUUCUGGUCAAGAUGGUAAUCCAGGUAAAAGUUGGUCAACCAGAGUAAUGCUACUCGGUUACUUUCUCUUCGUCAUGAUUAUCCUCUCCACAUACACAGCCAACUUGGCAGCUGUCCUCACCACAAAAGUUCAAUCCACAAGAGUAACUGGUCUCUCUGAUAUCAGAACUUAUGGUUUCAAGUUUGCUGUGGCCAAGAAUUCAGCACCUGCAUCCUUCAUCUCCUCUAGUGAGGAAAUGGCAGAUAUCAAAAAGAACAUGGUUCUAUACGAUUCUCUGGACGAUUGUAUCAAGGCACUCAGAGAAGGUCAAGUCGAUGCUCUGAUAUGGGUUUCUUCCAUUCUCGAAUAUAUGGCCAACCAGCCACCUUGUGAUACCUUAAUCGUUGGUGAUUUGUUUAAUCCUGGUAAUUAUGGACUGCCAUUUGCGAAGGGAAAUUGGAUGAUCGGACAUUUCUCUUCAAUUCUCUUGUCGAUGAGAGAAAGUGGACUUGUGGAAAAGUUAAAGAAAAAGUGGUGGAUUGAGAAGGGAAGUUGUUCAUUGGUUGCCUCAUCACAGGAAGCAUCUGGAGUGAAGAUUCAAGACUUGGGAGGUAUCUUUUUGAUUUUGGCUGGUUUUAUAUUUGUUGGUGGUUUGAUUUUGAUAUUCGAAUUGGUGUAUAGAGCUAUCUAUGAUAAGACGAAAAAUAGAACUAAACAUUUAAAGUAUUUAAAUAGAUUCUUGGGAGGUGAGAAACAUCAAGAAAGUGAUAAAGAAGAACAAGAAUUAAAGACAACCAAUAUUGCUGCUUCCACUCAAUCUCUGCAAACAGAUGAAAACAAAAUUAUCAAUCAAUAA